AUGCCAUCUCUACCACCCGGGGUUGCAAAAUCUCUCGAUGCGACAAAGGUGGAUUAUCGGCUUCUGGGAGCUAGCGGUCUCCGUGUGUCAGUUCCUAUUGUGGGAUGUAUGAGCAUCGGCAAUCCCGAAUGGGCAAACUGGGUCAUUGGGCCUGAAAAAGCCAUCCCUCUAUUGAAAGCUGCCUAUGACCGAGGAGUAAAUACUUGGGAUACAGCAAACAUUUACUCCAACGGAGAUUCAGAAAGGAUCAUCGCCCAAGCCAUCAAGAAACAUCAUCUUCCACGCCAUAAACUGGUACUGAUGACCAAGGCUUGGAGCUGUGUUGGAGAGGAGCAAUUCCAUGCAUAUCCAAUCUUGGAUAAGCUGAGGCAAACAAAGGACUACGUGAACCAGUUUGAUCUCUCAAGGUCGGCUCUAUUCACCGCCGUGAAUAAUUCUCUUGAACGGUUAGAGACGGACUACAUUGACGUCUUUUGGAUUCAUCGGUUUGACCCAUACACUCCAAUUGAGGAGACUAUGCGUGCUUUACACGAUCUAGUUACUGCUGGAAAGAUUCGAUAUAUCGGAGCUUCGUCGAUGUGGACUUGGCAAUUUGCCAUGAUGCAGUUUUGUGCAGAGAAGAAUGGCUGGACAAAGUUUGUCGCAAUGCAGAACCAUUACAGUCUGCUCUAUCGUGAAGAAGAGCGCGAAAUGAACAAGUUCUGCGAGGCCACAGGCGUGGCUAUCAUCCCUUGGGGGCCGCUUGCAGAAGGAAAGCUCGCUCGGCCAGUGAAAGCUCAAGGAACUACCUCUCGAUCUGCCGGCACGGAGGAGACUUUACGACCCGAGUCGGUCGAAAUCAUCAACCGGGUGGAAGAAUUGGCGAAGCGAAAGAACUGGACCAUGAGUCAAGUGACACUUGCUUGGACUCAGAAGCGAGUUACGAGCCCUAUAAUUGGCUUCAGCAGCCUUGAGAGACUCGACGAGGCUCUAUCGGCCCGCGGCAAAGAGCUGACUGCUGAGGAAGAGGCAUAUCUGGAGAAGCCAUACACGCCACUCGAAGUAGAGGGUCAUUUCUGA